AUGGCCGCGUCUUUGGUUGUGCAGAGGUUAGCAGGAGUAUCGGGGGCGCUCGCUGUCGCUGCCGGGGCAUACGGAGCGCAUGGUAAGAAUCCACAUCUGUUUCAUUGUGCGCUGCAGAUUGCAUGAUUGUGUAGUUACCGUUAAAAGCAGCCUACUGUUUUGUAAACGCUGUCGCUGCUUCAUGUCAUUCAUUUGGCCAUGGGGAUGGGAUAGUCCUGUCCAGACAGCAUGCAUAAUAACAAUAUAUCUGUGCUUUCCGGCUGCAGUUUACUACUGUAAAUGAAACCUAGCCUAAUAAAAAAUGUGCUCUGUAGGAUAUGUAGGCUAAACACUUUAUGAUAAAGUGACACACACAGGCUACAGUACACUGUAUUUGUUUAGAUUAUGAUGUGGCCCUACCCUUACUGUUCGGUUGCCCUGACCCUUUACAAUAUCUCAUAUUUGUUUUAUUCAGGUUUCAAAAACAAAGAUCCAGAUGAUUACUCGAGAGUGGUAAGUGUUACUGUUUUCAUAUGGUAUGAAUAUAGUAUAGGCCCAAAUUUGGAGAGUGGGCUGAUAUUUAAUUUGUUGAUAAGUUCGUAAUUUAUGUUAUAAAUUGCGUCCACUACAAAUAUGCUAAUACACUGUUUUGAUUCAUUUAAUUAAUAUCUGGGAAUGUUAUACCACCUCCUUCCUCCUUGUCAAUUUAUCUCUCAGACAGUGCUGGUCUUUAAUGUAAUAUAUUACUCUCUAUCGUCCCCAGCUUUAUGAGACGGCCAACAAGUACCACUUCUACCACAGCAUAGCUCUGCUGGGUGCUUCUCGCUGUAGGAAACCUGCUGUGGUAUGUACUGUAUGCUUCCCUCCCAUCAUUAUAAUAACAUCAUUAAAUAAAACACUAUAGUGUUGGAAUAGAAAAUAUAUCUCUAUGGUUUAUUCUAAUCCCCCGCCUGCAUGUACACUCUGUUUUGUUUGCAUUUGCAAACUGUACAUAUUGGUCUUGACAAUAAGCAGAGAAGCACACAUUCACUUUCCCUGUCUUCUCUCUGCAGGCGGGCGCCCUCCUGGUAUUGGGCACGGGGGCAUUCUGUGGGUCCUUGUACCACCAGGCCCUGACGGAGGACCCUGUGCUGAGGAAACUGGCUCCUUAUGGGGGCAUGUUCCUGAUAGCUGGCUGGCUGGCUAUAGCUAUCUGA